UCCUGCCUAGCAUUUAUAAAAGUUCAAUUUUUCCGUUAAUUUGAGGUUGCAUCUUUUUGCUCUCGCAAGUUUAAAUUCUGACGAGUUGUAUUAUCGAAGAUAGACACGCCUGCGCCGUAUCGAUCCAAAAUUGACGGUCUUGUCUCCUCUGAAACCAACCGCAGUGCCCAAGUACAUAUCGGUUCAAUGAAUUUAUUACAUUUAGAACAUGGAAAAUUGCCUCUCUAAUAACAAUGCGUUGCUUUGGUCGGAAGUUCCUAAUCUGGUUAAGUUUAAUGUUCCUCUUUAUUCUGGUUGGUCGACUCUUGGUCAAUCGUGGAUUUUAUUUACCAAUACUGAUCAUUAGUACCAGCGAUAUCUUAAUACCGAAAAGUUAUUCAAGUUCUCAGCAAGAUGUGCAAACAGGAGCAUUUGCCUUCGCAGCGGGCAUGUACAUGGCGGGACUACAACCUAGGAACAGAAGUUUUUGCAGAUGGUACCACGGCCUACCGAAUAUGCUUUCGUAUCCGGCGUCCAAAGUCAGCUGGAGCCCUGAAAUCGGUGAGAAGAGCCCCUACAGAGUUCUACCGUUCAUAUUACGCGGAACCGAGGAGAGGAACAAGCUGCCUCAGGUGACCCUCUGCACGCACGCCACUGCAGAUCAGGUCUAUGGAAUUGUGGAAUUAGCUCGGAGAUGGGAAGGUCCAUUAAGCCUGGCCGUUUUCACGCCUGGUCUCGACGCUAAUAUCGCCGUUGCUCUCCUCGAUCGGGCCUGUCGAUGUGAACCUGAAAUGUACAAGGUUUCCCUAUGCACUCGCUCUCAAAACGGGUCACAAGUAGUUUCUGUACACCUGGUAUUUCCGGCGGGUCGUCCACCAGCUUUAGAACAGAUUAUUCAAGUUCAGGGUGAUUGUGCAGCGUCUGAUCUUCAGAAAGGAGAUGCAGAGACUGAAAGAAAGAAAAGAAGCAUGAUUUAUCCUAUUAAUGUAGCCAGAAACGUAGCUAGAGUUCAAGCAAACUCUAUUCGUGUUCUAGUAACCGAUAUCGAAUUACUACCUAGCCAGAAAUUAGCAUCUGGUUUUAUGGAAAUCGUCCGUGAAAGGCCACCAAAAUCCGGGAUUAUCUUUGUAGUACCAGUAUUUGAAAUAGAGUCGAACGAACUGCCGCCAUUAACAAAAAAAGAGUUGCUUUUAGCAACGAAGGCUGGUUUAGCUGUAUAUUUUCAUAGAUUUCUUUGCUCACAUUGUCAAAGAUUUCCUGGACUUGCUAGAUGGUUAAUUAGGCCUGAUCCGGGUAAGGUCAAACCUCUUAUUAUUACGAAAAGGGAAUAUCCAUAUCACAGAUGGGAACCUGUAUUCAUAGGGACGCAAAAUGAUCCCUUUUACGCUGAAGAAAUGUCUUGGGAAGGCAGACAGGACAAAAUGAGUCAGAUGUUCGAGAUGUGUCUUUUAAAUUAUCGACUAAUUAUACUCGACGGUGCCUUUUUAGUCCAUACACCGGGUAUUAAACGAAAAACAGCAAAAAUCAACGCAGCAAAACAAGCAUUUUUAAAGCCUCAUGAAAGGAGAAACGCUCGUAUCUACCAACGUAUAAUUAGACGUUUAUUGAAACAAUAUCCUACUAAUCGCAAAUGCGCACAUUAAUAUUUUUCGAUAAGAGAAAUCAGUAUUCAGAGAGAUUGCUUUUAAUGCAAGACUAAAAUAAACUAAGAUAUAGAAAUAGCUACAUAUGUACAUAUAUAUGUUGUUUGUUUAAUAAUUUAAUAUCGUUGUCUGUACUACGAUUUAAUGUAAAAAAUUGUUUUUAUAU